GAUUUCGGUUCUCUUUCCACCUAUACGGAGUUGUUUUCCGGUGGACGGACGACGAUGGCGGUCGCCGGGUCUAAAUCUCGCAUUCUGCCAUUGGCUUUCGUUUUAUUUACGAUUAUAUCCUCUUCCACCGCCUUGGUUUCAACUCCCUAUCCGAAAGCCAUCUCUGAUUUGAAAGAUGCUGUUGUGAAGGGAUUGGGAUUCCAAGCAGAUGAUUUUAAGAUUUCUGGUUUCGAUAUGAGGGAUGCCCUUGUGGGCCAUUCGGUGGCAUAUGAAUUCGACAUUGAGAUCGAUAAUAAAGUGAUUCCUUUUAAGCUUUUGGAGGAUGUAAAUCGUUGGGAUUACGUUGAUUUGCCCAUUUUUAAGGUGGAAGAGCCGGCUAGACCCGGGUAUGAAAAUGGGUUGGUGGAGCAGAAGGGGAUUUCGGACAAUGGGUUGCCCGUUUUGGCCCCGUUUCAGCUGGCUGGACCCAUGGAACUCUGGAUUCAGGAUGCCAAAGAUAUGCGAAUCUCCUUGCCGCACGAUGUAGAUGCCGGUGUCCUGAAAAAGGUUAUUUUAGCUGAUGGUGCCGUGGUGACUGUCAAGGGUGCAAGAUCAGUUAGUCUGCGCCAUUCGGUCGAUCUUCCGUUGCCACUUAACAGAACUAAUAAUGGUUUUGCAUCCGGCCUUAUGGCCCUAGCAGAGCAUCUUCGUCGUGCUUCUCGCGGUCAAGAUGCUCAGAUCCUUUCACUUCGCAUUGUUGGCCCGACUUCCCUUGCUGCACCGUCAUCUACUUCUUCAAGUAAGAAGUUGAAGCUUAAGCGACUGGCGCCCGGUCUUGUAGAACUAUCUUCGAUGUCCAAAACUAAGACCAUGGAUGCCUUCUCUACUAUUGAUCUACAAGAAGAAGCCUCCACAGUUUUAACUCCAAAACACUUUGCUACAAUGUGGCCUCUUGCUUCCGUCAAUGGUUCGAAUGCCAAUUUGGUCGGCUUCGAGAGACUGUUAUCAUCUGUGUUGGGUCCAAAGGCAAACAAGAAAGGUUACUUUAAGUUUCUCAAGGCUGAUGUGUCGGCUCAAACGUUUGUGAAGAUUGGUUUCGGGAUGGAGAAGAAGUUGAAAGAAGGAGAUGGGUUUAGUUUGGAGGGCUUUCCUGAGUGGAGGACAAAGCCAGAGACGGUGAGUAUGAACUUUGAGGUACUCGCUAAGGUCGAGGGGGAGAAAGUUAUACCGGAGAGAAUCAUGCAGGUCGACCCUGUUGCUAUCGAGGAUACAAUCGCACCAAACGUGCUGGAAGGGAACACGACCAUGUCAACCACUCCUGUUGUUCACCCUCCUCCGAAUCCCUUCACCUUGUAAAUUGUUAUCGAAACUGUAAAGACCGAAAAGAACCGAAAAACCAGAAGAUGAGAACAUCAUUGUUAUUUAGGUCUCAAUCCAUGGAGGUUCUUCAAA